GUGGAGGCGACUGUGCUGCCCUUAUCUGUGAUGGCUGAAUUGCUGGAGGAUGGAAACGGAACCACUGGAAACCAGUUCCAACAGCCAAGCUGGCAGGUGGCUCUCUGGGCUAUAGCUUACUCCCUGAUCAUUCUGGUCUCCAUCACUGGGAAUGUAACAGUAAUCUGGAUUAUCCUCGCUCACAGACGGAUGAGAACUGUAACCAACUACUUCAUAGUAAACCUGGCCUUUUCGGAUGUGUCCAUGGCUACCUUCAACACACUGUUCAACUUUGUCUAUGGGCUUCACAAUGACUGGUACUUUGGUUUGGGCUACUGUCGAUUCCAAAACUUCUUCCCCAUCACCGCCAUGUUUUCUUCAAUAUACUCCAUGGCUGCUAUAUCUGUGGACAGGUACAUGGCCAUCAUCCACCCUCUAAAGCCCCGCCUCUCUUCCACCUCAACCAAGGUCGUGAUUGGGCUAAUUUGGGCGGUCGCAUUUUCACUGGCUUUUCCUCAGUGCUACUACAGCGUGACCAACUACUACUACCCCAGAACUGUCUGCAUGGUGGACUGGCCUGAUGACUACGGCGGAACACAUCAACUAAGUUACCAAUUGGCGGUGAUAUUGUUGAGCUACUUGCUCCCUCUUCUGGUGAUGCUGGUGACCUACAGUUUGGUUGGACGAACAUUGUGGGGCGGGCACAUCCCUGGAGAGGCAACAGACCAUUACCACAACCAGUUAACAGCUAAGAGAAAGAUAGUGAAGAUGAUGGUCGUUGUGGUGACAACUUUUGCCCUGUGCUGGUUGCCCUACCACAUCUACUUCAUACUGGGGUCAUUCAACAAAGACAUUUAUCACGAACACUACAUUCAGCAGGUGUACCUUGCUAUCUUCUGGUUGGCUAUGAGCUCUACUAUGUACAACCCUGUCAUCUACUGCUGUUUAAAUCAAAGAUUUCGUGCUGGUUUCCGCCAUGCGUUCAGCUGGUUUCCCUUUGUCAAAGUGUCAGAGGAGGACAAGAUGGAACUGAAGUACGCAAACACCUUCAGAGUCACUAUGACCCGCAGCUGCCGCUCAGACAGCACACGGCAACACAACGCCAACACUAGCCUCAGUACACACACAUCUAUGAAAGCGCACAACUCACACAGGGCAAGCUCUGCACGGAAGCAGGAGGGCACAGCAUCCCCGGCUGACAGUCUCAUCAGGGCUUGA